AUGCCUGGAACGCACGUUUCUCAGGUCCAUAGCUUAUGUAGGCGGAUCUUGCAACUACACCGGGUUCUACCCUUGGACCUUAAAUCUCUGAGUGACCAGUACGUGAAGGACGAAUUUAGGCGACAUAAGAUCAUUGGUUCUGACGAGGCCCAGCGUUUCUUGCAGGAAUGGGAGGUGUAUGCAUCAGUGUUAUGGGAACAAGCUAAUGAAUACAGACAAAAUUCAACUGAAAGAGCAUGUUUUGGCACCUCCUUCCCAGAGGGAAAACUUAAUGACUUUCGUGAUGAGCAAAUUGGACAGUUACAAGAACUGAUGCGAGAAAUUACUAAACCCAACAGGCAAUUUAGUAUCACGGAGUCUACAAAACGAAAAUUUUAGUAAAUACAGUAAAGUUUGACAAAAUAUAAAAUUUAGAACCUUUUAAUUAUCAUUGGAUUUUUAAAGUUAUUAUUUCAUCCUUACGUAUUAUUUUAUUUUUGGCUUUUAUGAAUGCAGUAUGUGGAUCAGGAUCACCAGCAGACAACUGGAAAACUUUAGGACAUUGUUGGAAUAGCAGUAUUUACUGAAUGAAAUUUGAUUUUGUGCAUUAAAUAAGGAAGCCUCCAAAAUGAAAUAUUGAGAACUUUUUGUAUACAAGUUUGUUUUAAAUGCUGAUGUCCAAGCAUUAGAGAUUUUCUUUUGCUACAUCAGUCAAGUAUAUCAUAAUGAAAAAUGUAGAAUUUCAACAAGUUUAUUAGAUUGUCAUUCUGAAAGUAUCAUUUCCACUUUAAUAAUUGCAUAGAUGAUUAUUCUGCAUGUCUCCUUCUGACUCAUUGUUUAUUCACAAUGAAAUGUUAAAGAGAAGCUUUAAUACUCAGUAUUAUAUUAUCAUUUGCAUACCAGAUUAUACAAAGUAUAAUAAUGUUUCUACAGUA